UCCAGACUCAUUUUCGAAAGUCUGUCCUUCACUCUGCUCAUGAAUUAUAGAAAAAAGCAAUCUCACUCUCUCUCUCUCUCUCUCUCUCUCUCUCUUUUCGUGCUUCAAAUAUGUAAUUAGUUUAUUGGUAAUGGUGGUACCCCACCUUUAACCCCAGCUUGCUUCUCACUCUACCCACUGUUGCCAUCAUAGUUUGAAACUUUUGAAACUCUCCCACUACUUUCUCUUUACUUCUCAAAUCCUGGAACUUUGAGUACAGUGAGUAAAGUGGCUGAGCUCAGAAACAAGAAGAUGAAGAAGGGUUUAUUGGUUUGGGUUUUCUCAGUAAUUUCAGCUGCAAUCUUCUCCUCCCAUUGCUCUCUUGCUCUCAGCCCAGAUGGUUUGGCAUUGUUGGAAAUCAAAAGCACUUUGAAUGACAGCAGAAAUGUUCUCAUUGACUGGCAGGAUUCUGAUGAAUCACCCUGUAAAUGGACUGGCAUUACUUGCCAUCCUCAGGACCUUAGAGUCAUCUCUAUUAACUUGCCUUACAUGCAACUAGGAGGCACCAUAUCUCCCAGCAUUGGUAAACUCAGCAGAUUACAAAGAUUGGCACUUCACCAAAACAGCUUACAUGGAAACAUUCCUAAUGAAAUUACCAAUUGUGCUGAGCUUAGGGCUCUGUACUUGAGGGCUAACUAUCUCCAAGGUGGUAUUCCAUCAGAUAUCGGAAACCUUUCUUAUCUCACCAUACUGGAUUUAUCAAGCAAUUUAUUAAAAGGUGCUAUACCUUCAUCUAUCGGCCGCCUCUCAAAAUUACACUCUUUGAACUUGUCCACCAACUUCUUCAGCGGUGAAAUCCCAGACGUUGGAGUUCUAAGCACUUUUGGUAACAAUUCGUUUAUUGGCAAUCUAGAUCUUUGUGGCCAACAAGUGCGCAAGCCCUGUCGGACCUCACUGGGAUUUCCUGCAGUGCUACCACAUACUGCUGCGAGUGAUGAAGCAGCAGUGCCUUCUAAACGAUCUUCUCAUUAUAUCAAAGGAGUUCUCAUUGGUGCAAUGUCUGCAUUGGGCUUUGCGUUUUUAAUUCUCCUUACCUUCCUUUGGGUUCGGUUACCAUCAAAAAAGGAAAGAGUGACAAAAAAAUACACUGAAGUUAAAAAGCAAGUAAAUCAAGAAGCAAGUACGAAACUCAUUACUUUCCAUGGUGAUAUGCCCUACCCUUCAAGUGAAAUCAUUGAAAAGCUAGAGUCACUCGAGGAAGAGGAUGUUGUAGGAUCGGGAGGAUUUGGCACCGUAUACAGAAUGGUUAUGAAUGAUUGUGGUACUUUUGCUGUUAAAAGGAUUGAUAGAAGUCGGGAAGGAUGUGAUCAAGUUUUUGAGAGGGAGUUAGAGAUCUUGGGUAGUAUUAAGCACAUAAAUCUAGUUAACCUGCGAGGCUACUGCAGGCUCCCUGUUUCAAAGCUUCUCAUAUAUGAUUAUCUAGCUAUGGGCAGUUUAGAUGAUUUCUUACAUGAGCAAGGGAUGGAAGAGCGGCCCUUGAACUGGAAUGCUCGUUUAAAAAUAGCCCUGGGUUCUGCUCGAGGCAUAGCAUACCUGCACCAUGACUGCUCUCCGAAGAUAGUACACCGUGACAUAAAAUCGAGCAACAUUCUUCUAAAUGAAAACUUGGAUCCCCAUGUCUCUGACUUUGGUCUUGCAAAGCUUUUGGUGGAUGAGGAUGCCCAUGUUACAACAGUGGUGGCUGGCACCUUUGGCUAUCUGGCUCCAGAGUAUCUGCAGAGUGGGAGAGCCACCCAGAAGUCCGAUGUAUAUAGCUUCGGAGUUCUAUUGCUAGAGCUUGUUACCGGAAAAAGACCUACUGAUCCAACGUUUGUAAAACGAGGCUUAAAUGUUGUUGGUUGGAUGAACACCCAAUUGAAAGAAAACAGGUUGCAUGAAGUAGUAGACAAAAGGUGCAAAGAUGCAGAUGCUGAAACUGUGGAAGCAAUUCUUGAAAUCGCGGCAAGGUGCACCGAUGCAAACCCUGAUGACCGGCCAUCAAUGAACCAGGUGUUGCAGUUGCUAGAGCAAGAGGUCAUGUCACCGUGCCCGAGCGAUUUCUACGAGUCUCAUUCGGAUCAUUGCUGAUCACUAGGCUAAAAGGCCUAAUGACUGCAGGAUUACAGACUGCUUAUUCAUAUGUUCUAUUGAGUUUGGUUGUUGUGCCUGCCCCUCCCUAGGGGGCAAGAAUGUAAAUUACCUAUGUAUCAGGCCAACCAUGGUUUCCAAUUUCUACAUGUACAUUGUUUUCUUUUAUUUGUAAUUUGUUUCUGGUCACUGGAUGCUUCAUGAAGAAAUCCCAAAAGGAAACAAACAAUAGAGAAAGCCAAAAUCUGCAGAGAAGAAAUUGAAAACAGUGAAAGCUGAUGCAAAUGUUAGGCGAACGACAA